AGCAUGUUUUUGGUCCAGAGGAGACUCUGCUCCCUUGGCAGCCAAGAGAAGCUUCUAAAGAAAAUUUAUUCUUCGAACGCCCUUGGAUUCUCCACUUCUGCCGUAGAAAAUGGCUUUGAAAUUCAAAAAUGCCAAACGAAUUGAAGGCCUGGACAGCAAUGUGUGGGUUGAAUUCACUAAGUUGGCUGCAGACCCUUCUGUUGUGAAUCUUGGACAAGGCCUUCCAGACAUAUCCCCUCCUUCCUAUGUAAAGGAAGAAUUAUCAAAGGCUGCAUUGGCUGACAACCUGAAUCAGUACACAAGGGGCUUUGGUCAUCCAUCACUUGUGAAAGCUCUGUCCUCUUUAUAUGAAAAAAUUUAUCAAAAUCGAAUUGAUCCAAAUGAAGAAAUUAUUGUGACAGUCGGAGGAUAUGGAGCUCUCUUUAAUGCCAUUCAAGGACUGGUUGACCCGGGAGAUGAAGUGAUCAUAAUGGUGCCUUUUUACGACUGUUACGAGCCCAUGGUGAGAAUGGCCGGAGCAACGCCUGUGUUUAUUCCCCUGAGAUCUAAACCCACUGAUGGGAUGACAUGGUCUAGCUCUGACUGGACAUUCAGCCCCCAAGAACUGGAAAGUAAAUUUAGUUCCAAAACUAAAGCCAUUAUAUUAAAUACUCCACAUAACCCCAUUGGCAAGGUGUAUACCAGAGAAGAGCUGCAAAUCAUUGCUGACCUUUGCAUCAAGUAUGACACCCUGUGCAUCAGUGAUGAGGUUUAUGAAUGGCUGGUCUAUACUGGACAUAAGCAUAUAAAAAUAGCCACGUUUCCUGGUAUGUGGGAGAGAACAAUAACAAUAGGAAGUGCUGGCAAGACUUUCAGUGUGACCGGCUGGAAGCUUGGCUGGAGCAUUGGUCCUAAACACCUGGUAAAACACUUACAGACUGUUCAACAAAACACUUUUUACACUUGUGCAACUCCUUUACAGGCAGCCUUGGCCCAGGCCCUUUGGAUUGAUAUCAAGCGCAUGGAUGACCCAGAAUGUUACUUUAAUUCUCUGCCAAAGGAAUUAGAAGUAAAAAGAGAUCGUAUGGUCCGUUUACUUAACAGUGUUGGCCUGAAACCCAUCAUCCCUGACGGGGGUUACUUCAUCAUCGCCGAUGUGUCCUCAUUAGAUGCUGACCUCUCUGACAUGAAGAGCGAUGAGCCUUAUGACUAUAAGUUUGUGAAGUGGAUGACGAAAAAUAAGAAACUGUCAGCCAUCCCCAUUUCAGCAUUCUGUGACUCCAAGUCUAAGCCACAGUUUGAGAAGUUGGUGCGGUUUUGCUUCAUUAAAAAAGACAGCACACUGGAUGCUGCUGAAGAAAUCAUCAAGGCGUGGAGCAGCCAGAAGCCUUGAUGUGAAGAGAUGUGCCUUCCCCAGCCUCUUGCAAGGGCUUACUACUGGGUGCUGCAACCUCAUGGGCAAUAAAAGGA